UGCUUGGAGCAAGGAGGAGAAGAAGCAGGCUCCGGCCAAGGCGGGCCCAGCAGCAGCAGCCGCCGCCUCUCUCCAUCUCCCCAGCGAGAGGAGACCAGGCCCGCCUCCAGCCCGGCUGCUGCGGAUCCGGCUCCUCCCCGCUGGGCGCUACGUCGCGGCUAUUGUGGCUGCAGGCGGAGCGCGAGGGGAGGGGCCGAGCGGCAGGCUGCAGCGGCAGCAGCUGGGCAAAGAGGCGGCGGCAGCAGCAGUAGCAGCGCUGUUGUCGUCCUGGUCGGGGCCAGCUCCUCCUGUCACAGCCCAGCUGGGAGCCGCCGCCGCCGCAGCAGCAGCAGGAGCCGCGCCUGAGCUGGUGUAGCCGAGCUCCUCGGGGGACGACGACGACGGGCUGCUUUUCUUCGGGAGCGCUUUCCCUGUUUGUCCGCCCCUUCUCCCUCCUCUUCUUCCUCCUGCUGCCUCCUCCUCCUCCAGCCGCUCGCGGGCGAACCGUGGCCAUGGCUGGGGCGGCGGGAUGCGCCCUCGCUGCGCGCUGCCUGCUGGCGCCUCUGCUCUUGCUGCUGGGCUCCUGCGUGGCUCUCGGCCCGGGAGGAGCCGCAGCCAACACCCAGGGGAUGGGAGCAGCACUGGGUCCAACCCUUGGCGACCCCCAAGUGGCCAUGUUCUGUGGGAAACUGGUUCUGCACCUGAAUGUACAGACAGGGCGCUGGGAACCCGACGCUUUUGGCACUCACACCUGCUUCCGCACCACUGAGGAGAUCCGCAGCUAUUGCCAGGAGGUGUACCCCGAGUUGCAGAUCACCAAUGCCGUGGAAGGCACUCAGCCAGUCACCAUUGACAAUUGGUGCAAGAAAGGAAGACCUCAGUGCAAGGGCCACCAUCACAUUGUGGUGCCCUAUCGGUGUCUGGUGGGUGAAUUCGUGAGCGAAGCACUCCUCGUGCCCGACAAGUGCAAAUUCCUGCACCAGGAGAAGAUGGACUCGUGCGAGAGCUACUUGUAUUGGCACAGCGUGGCCAAAGAGGCCUGCAGUGCGGAAGAACUGGAGCUUCAUAGCUAUGGCAUGCUUUUGCCCUGCGGGGCCGACCGCUUCCGAGGCGUGGAAUACGUGUGCUGCCCUUCCCGCCCCCCGCCUGUCAGGGUGGAGCAAGCCACCGAGGCCCCCCAAGUCCUUGCCCAUUUAAGGGAGGAGGCCCUACACAGCAACAAGGUUCCGAUGGGGCAUGUCCCAACGGAGGAAGAGAGCUUGGAAAUAGAGGAAGAAGGGGACCUGGAGGAAGAGGAGGAGGUGGAUGAAGAGGAGGAGGAAGAGAGCCCUGGAGACAGCGACACGGACCCUUUCCCUAAUGCCUGGGAUGACUAUUUUGUGGAGCCGGGAUACUAUGAUGACAGUAUCACUCAGACGACCAUCACCACCACAACACAGACCACCGAAGAGGAUGUCAAAGUGACCCCAACCCCUCGCCCUACUGACGGAGUUGAUGUCUAUUUUGAAAUGCCUGGAGACGGGAGCGAACAUGCCAAUUUCCUGCGGGCCAAGAUGGAUCUCGAGGAGCGCCGCAUGAGACAGAUCAACGAGGUGAUGAAGGAGUGGGCCGAGGCUGACAACCAAGCUAAGAACUUGCCCAAGUCUGACCGGCAGUCACUGAAUGAGCACUUCCAGUCCAUCCUUCAGACCCUGGAGGAGCAGGUGGCCCGAGAGCGGCAGAGAUUGGUGGAGACUCACCUGGCCCGUGUGGUGGCCCUGCUGAACGACAACCGCCGGGCGGCCCUGGAGAGCUACCUGACCGCUGUGCAAAGUGAUAAUCCCCAGCCGGAGCGGGUCCUGGCAGCUCUGAAGAGGUACAUCCGGGCAGAGCAGAAGGACCAGCGCCACACCCUCCGCCAUUACCAGCACGUGGCUGCCGCCGAUCCCGAGAAGGCCGAACAAAUGAAGUUCCAGGUGUACACCCACCUGCAUGUCAUUGAAGAACGGAUGAACCAGAGCCUGGCAUUGCUCUACAAGAACCCCCAGCUUGCUCAGGAGCUCCGAGGAGACAUCGAGGAGCUGCUGCGAUCGGAACGGGUAGCCACCAAUGAACUGCUCACCACCUCUAUCUCGGAGACACACACCACUGAGGAGUUCCUGCCCGUGGACAGUAGCGAGGACCUGGUUGCGGAGAGCCAUUCCUAUCCGCGUGAUGGAGAAGAUUCUGAACAAGCCGACAAGAAAGCCUCAGGAUUGGUAGAAUAUGACUACCCAACCAGCGACAAGGCCUUACUGUACGAGUAUGAACGGAAGGUCAACGUGUCUGCCUCGGAUGUCAAAGGCAUGGUAUACAAGUCCCAAGAAAUCCAACGUGACGAGCUGGAGCCAGAUACCAUGGUAACCAUCAACAGGGGUGCCCUAAUCGGCCUCCUUGUAGUGGCAGUGGCUGUUGCCAUGGUGAUCAUCAUCAGUCUCCUGAUGGUUCGCCGGAAGCCCUACGGGACCAUCAGCCAUGGCAUUGUUGAGGUGGACCCCAUGGUUAGCCCUGAGGAGCGGCAGUUGAACAAGAUGCAGAACCAUGGCUACGAGAACCCCACCUACAAAUUCUUUGAAGAAAUGAACUGAGCUCCUCGAGGCUGGGGUGGGUGGGGAAUGUGGUGUCACUGGGGAGGUGGGUGUGACCAUGGGGGUGGGGAAGGGGUGGUAUCUACAGAGGGAGAGGGGCAGCUUCCAGAAGUACUUCCACCCACAGCCCCUCUCCCUCUGCUCUGGCUGAGCCUGACCCCCAGUUUCCCUGCACCUCCUCUUGCUCUUCCAUUUGCCAUCUUCUUUCUCACGCUCACCUUUCCGGGCGUACAGCUCCCAUCCCUGGUCUGCCACCUACCAUCACCCACCCACCCACUUUCUCUAUUUCCCACUCUCAAUUCUUAGGCGCCCCCCCCCCACCCAGAGCUGCCAGUGUCUGGCGGCAUCUCUGGCUAUCUCCAUCACCGGGACACCUCCGCGAUGUGCACUUGUUGGUGGCUUCUUGAAUCUGGCAGGGAGCGGGGCACCAAAACCGGCAACCCACCUGCCCCAAAAAGCUCCGGUGUGGCCAUUUGCUAAGCAUCUCCCCCCCCCUCCCGCAACUUGCACAGGGCCAGCUGUAGUUUCGGAACUGCUGCCCGCACCGUAACCUGUGUGCAUCACCUCAAAACUAGACAUGUGCAUAACACUGUAUUCCACUGAGCUGCAUCCUCCACACAUUCCGUCCACCACGCUAAUCUUCAUCUUCAUUUCACUUUGUGUGCGUGUGUGCGUGUGCGUGUGUGUUCCCACUCCCUUUCAAACUCAGCCCAGAGUUUACACGUGAGACAAAAAGGCUGUGCAUCCUCCUAACAGCCUCUUGCUAACCUAACCCAGCCUGCCUCCAGCAUAGGAACCCAGUCCCACCUGCACUUUCUUUCUUUCUCCCUCCUCUCACAUGAAUGUUAUGCUUCCUUUUAAACUCCUCACUAGUUGCACUUAAUUUAUUGGCAAGCCAGUUCCGAGGGUGGACCGGAGUAGGCAAACCCUCUUCUGUUCUCCCCAUUAACUUCAGCAGCAUCUUCCUUACUAGUUUGGAGAGGGGAGAUAUAGGGCUCUACACUCUUCCUCAUCCUCUCCGUCCCUCUCUCCAAGCUCACGGGGAGGGCAUAAAGUUGCUGAAAACGGAUGGAGGGCUGGUUUUUGUCCAUCCCAGCAAUCCCUAAAUUAGGUGGGGAUGGAAAUUCAGCCAUGAAUGGGGAUGGGGUCGUGGCUGUUAUCAGCUUGAUGGACAGACACGGGUCUCUGUUUGCCAUCUGCACUGGAGUAUUUUUCUUAAAGGGCAGGACUUUGCCCAUCACACCAUAGGGGGUGGGCGGUGGGCAGCAUCUCCCCCCUUCCAAAGCAAUGCACCAUGAAGUAGGAGCCAUCUCAGCACCCCAAUUCAGGCUACUCUGGUGCUGUUCUCUUGCCAUCGAUGCUGGUGAAUGCCAAAUCUGUUCCGUUUUCAUUUUGUAAUAUUUGUACACUACUUUUCGACCCUCCCCGUUUUCAGCGGUUCACAAUAAUAAAAUCGGGUUUCUAGGUGAAUGAUAUUGACCUCACGAUGAUGCAGCCAGGGCACUAGCUGCUGUCCCUGAUUUGAAACUACGGCAAUGGGAGAUUCCUGUUCUUUUCCCCGGCAAGGUGGCAGCAGCAGCAGCAGCAAAGGGUGUGUGGGCAGGGGAGAGGUGGCAGAUGUUUUCAGAGUCCCUUCUUCUGUCCACCAGUUUUUUGUGGGGUGGGGGAAUGUUCUAAGUACUGCCUUUGGACAGUACCAUUUUACUAGCUUUUAUAGGGUGGCAUGCUGAGCAAUACACCAUAUUUGUUGGCAUAAACUAAUAGGGAUUGCGAGACAGAUUAGAAGAAAUAGACAGAAGGCUGAUUUCUGAGUCAGUGGGAGUGCCCCAAGCCUGGUGUUCCACAUAAUAGGGAUUCUCGAUGUUGUUGACUACAAUGCCCAUAACCUGCAGCUAAAGGCCAUUGCAGCUGGAGAUGCUGGGCGUUGUAGUCAACAACAUCUGGGAAUCCCUGUUUCAGGGAACACUGCCCAAGACCUAAUUACACUGGACAAAUGUUAAAAGCCUAGCAUUAUUGCAUGCCCUCUACCAGUGCUUUUGGUCCACCUAAGAGCAGCAGAGGGAGAAGGUUGGUGGGUGCAAGUUCUCCCAUUGUUCCUACAUUGCUGGGAAUCAGUGCACUUGGCGAACCUUUCCCUGCCUGGCAGAAAUAGGAACGCUGCUGGAAUCUGGCAGCCCCACAAGUGGGCCAGCUCCCCUGCUGUCCUCCCCUGCCAUGCUCACAUUUGGGAAAGGAAAAUGUCAGGCUCUGUGCCCUGCACGCACCUCUGCUCUGCCACCCAACCGCUGCUGAUUUGUGCCCUGCCCACCCUUGCCCUGUUUUAGAUCUUGUUCCUUUCUAAGCUGACACUCUUGAAAUCAAGAUGCAAAUGUCAAAACCAGACAAACUAGGAGAUGGAUUUCAAUUGCCAGCCCUCCCACCAAACUAAUAAAAAUAUUGUCACUUCUCUAACCCCA